CGGAAGGUUUCUACUCAGCGCGAGUAUGUUCUAAUUAAUAUUAAUGAGCUGUGUUUUCGCCGUGGUAGGCUUCGUCGGAACCGAGCACAGCUCUCCAGUUGCAGUUAUGGCGGAGCCUUCAUCGCGGCGAGAUGAUGAUGAGUGGGAUGAUUUCAAUGAAUUCAAGAGCGGAACGGGACGGAAGAUUCAUCUGGAGCGGGCUCGUGUGAACGCUGAAGAGAUGUCGCUGCUGCUGGAUGGGGUUUCUGUCACCGAGCACGCGUUUGAGACGAGCCCUUACACACAGGACCUCAUCACACACUUCGACGAGAAGUUACAAUUAUGCUUCCAAAAUGUAAACCCUAAACCGGACACAAUAAAUCCAGUUUUGCCGAUAAAUGCGGAUACGAGCCUGAGAUGCGAUGAGAUCUGGAAUGCUCUCACAGAUAACUACGGCAGUGUCAUGCCGGUGGACUGGAGUCAGUCUAAAGCUCGCUCGCUUCACCUCUCAGCGCUGAGCAUUGAGGACAGACCGCGGAUGGAGAGUGUGAACCUGGACCUGUCUGAUGAUGAGGAGCUGAGGGAGCAGAUGGACACACACUCCAUCAUCGUGUCCUGCAUCAGCGAGGAACCGCUGCUCACUGCUGAACAGGUGAUCGAGGAGCUAGAGGAGCUGAUGCAGGACUCCCCAGAGCUGGAAUCAGAGCGGAUGGCUCCUCACUCAGAGCUCUCGCUCGUCUCUCACAGCAGCCGGACGGACGAGGAGCGUGAGUACGUCCCUCUGGGGGUCAGCUGUGGGGCCGUGGGGGCGUGUCUGACUCUGAGGUGUGCUCUCUGUGCAGGAGUGAGGCUGAUGUCUGCGCUGGAGCUGAACGUCCAGCUGGAGGACGUGGAGACGGCCAUACGCAGGUAUUCAGAGGAGCUCAUCCAGCAGCUGGCCGUCAGAGAUGAGCUGGAGUUUGAGAAGGAGGUGAAGAACAGCUUCAUCUCGGUACUCAUAGACGUACAGAACCGGCAGAAGCUCCACCGAGAGAUGCUGAGAAAGAAGAGGAAAGUGAAGAACGCGUCUGGAUCAGAGAGACUGCCGUCUUCUCGCUUCAGCGUGGAGGGAAUCUCUUCUGUCAUUCAGAAUGGCUUUCGCCACACUUUUGGCAAUGUGGGUGGGGAGAAACAGUACGUAACAACAGUCAUCCCUUACGAGAGAAAAGACGGACCGCCGUCACUCCAAGACCUUCAGAUCUUCACCAAAAUUUUAGAAGCCAUGAGAGAUGACAACGAGAAAGUCCCAAGCCUCCUCACAGACUACAUCCUCAAAGUGCUCUGCCCCACAUAGAGAGAGGCUCGUCUCUGCAGCGUCCCUGGAGGGAGUUAUUUGUCCUUCUUCUCACUGCAUGAUGUGUGUUCGACUUCAGCUGCGGGACUCAGUUCUUCUGUACUGAUGUGAUGGUCUGUAUUUUCCCGCUCAUGGCAGUUUUGUAGUUUGCAGUUUUCAGUGUUUGUGUGACUGGGGGAAAAAUCCAGAUCUGGACUGUAGGACUUGUCUCAAUGUAAAUGUCCACCUUAUUUUGCAGCUCAGAAAGCUCAUUUCUGUGAAUGUGAGAAUUCUGGUUCAUUAGCAGCUAUAGGUACAUACAGUAUAUACAAGAAUAACAACAUGCAGGAAACAGUAAAACUACUUUCACUACAGUGUAUUUCAGAGUGUGAUAAUAAAAUCAAAUGAGAUCAAAUACCAGUUUGAAAUAUCAAGCAGCAUACUAGACUGCUGUAAGGGCUAAAGGAGCAGGACAUGAAUGACAGCCGAAGCCUCAACAGCUGCAUCUGUUCCUACAGUAAAAAUAAGGUGGACUGAACCGUAUUAAUGUACUAAUGCCGCGCGAGUCACGUCAGAGAGAGAUGUGGCUUAGUAAAGUUAAUGUAUGAUCUAAAUCAGUGGUUCUCAACUGGUGGGUCACAACCCCAAUAUUUAUCUGCAGGCCUGUUCUCAUAAUUUCAUAUAGUACAAAUUAAUAAAAAGUAAUUAAAAUAGCAUACAAAUAAUGUUACUUAGACACACUAUAUGUGAAACUUUUGCUCAUAUCAUAUUAAUAAUUUGACAUAUUGUGUGUCAGAUCUUCUAUCCAUGCCUUGAACAAUAAGAGGGAACAAUUGUAUUUUUUAUAAUAAAGCAUGAAAAAAUAGAAUAUGUGAAUUCUA